GUGCUCCAUCGGUCAUCCGCUCUACCAAACCCGAUGCGACGCUUCUACACAACAACAACAAUGCUACAACACCGCCGCACUCUUUUAUCUCCAAGAUAAGGCAGAGUCUACUCCGCAUCUGGGUAGUUUUCAAGAAAGCAAUUUAGAAGCCGUCGAGAGAUGCGAAGCUAUUGGAUGUCCCUCGUUCUACCCUAUGCGACUGUCUUCGAGGCAGCUAGCUUCAAGCUAUUGUUAAUGCCGAGAACAGGAAGCUGUCCCGUAUUGAGGAGCGGUCUCUCUCGCAGUGGAUCUAAGACGCAGAUCGACAAGGCUCUCCGCCCCAGGUUAUUGUUGUACGACAUACAGCAAACACUCUACUCAAUGGCCCCGGCCAAGAUCCACCUCCCGCAUCUGUGGGCUUGAACUAUGUGUCCCGCUUCGUCAAGAGCUAGUCUAAGCUACAGAACAAGGAUUAGAUUAGAACUACCAAGGAAGGCUAGGUUGUGCUAGGCACAUGCAUUGCAGACUAAGAAUUGUGAGUGCUGGGCACGUCUACCAAGCUCUGGUAGUAGCGAUCAGAUCAGGCAAGAUCACUCGCAGAAUUAUCUGUGCAGUCUGUGCACGUUCGGCAUCCCACCGUCGGCAUCCCACCCUCUUGCUUUCGACUUACGUUACCUGUG